UAAGCGCGGUUUCGGAUACAGCGCACGGAGUUCGUAGUGAGUGGUUGAAGUCUGGAAUAUACUUCGCAGUGUUUUGACGCAGAUUAAAGUCGACAAACGGUUUUGACGGAGGAUUUUCACACGAGUUCAACGUUUGUUUGUUUGUUUUUUUUGUGGAAAAUAUGAACUUAUAUUAAAAGGAGGACGUGAUAAGAAACGGAAGGAAAGGGCUGGGAAAAGACACGUCGCGCAUUGUUUACUUUCUUGCUUUUACGUUUAAGGGGUUGCUCUCGUGCCCCCCGUUAUUAUUAUUAUUAUUAUUAUUAUUAUUAUUAUUAUUUAGAUUUUAGCGUUAUUGGUCUAUAAACGUCUCUUGUGAAUGAAAGCGAUUCCCUAAGUCUUUAAUUUUGAGCUCAGAUGUACAGGAUGAGUGCUUGAAAACUUUCUGGUCUAUGAGUAAUUUCGCUGUUUAUGGAUUUUUGGAGGAAACGAGAUUAUAAUGUCGUCCCCUGAAGUGCAAUGGGAUUAAACGAGGCGUUUGGCUCGAGCACAACUUCAACACAGACAACCAGAAAAUGUGAAAGCCUGAUUAAAGAAUCGUCCACCACAUCAGUCGUGCAGCAGUAGCAAUGGAGAGGAGCAAGCGCAACUCCAUCGCUGGGUUCCCCAUGCGGCCUGACCGGCUGGAGGACCUGGACGGAGCAGCGUUCGAGGCAGAGACAGGCCCCGCCCAACCAGACAGGGUGUGUCCGUCUUCCUACCGUGCCCUCAUCAGUGCCUUCUCCUGCCUGACGCGCCUCGAUGACUUCAUAUGCGAACGGAUCGGCUCCGGCUUCUUCUCGGAGGUCUAUAAGGUGCGUCACAAAGCCUCAGACCAGGUGAUGGCUCUGAAGAUGAACAAGCUGAGCAGUAAUCGAGCCAACAUGCUGAGAGAAGUGCAACUUAUGAACAGACUCUCGCAUCCCAACAUCCUCAGGUUCAUGGGAGUUUGCGUGCAGGAAGGUCAGCUCCAUGCCCUCCUAGAGUACAUCAACGGCGGGAACUUGGAGCAGCUGCUGGACAGCAACAAGUACCUGAGCUGGACCACGCGGGUCAAACUGGCGUCGGAUAUCGCCAUGGGUCUGGCCUACCUGCAUUCCAAGGGCAUCUUUCACAGAGACCUCACCUCCAAGAACUGCCUGAUCAAAUCAGAUGAAAACGGCUACAUCGGCAUCGUGGGAGAUUUCGGGCUCGCAGAAAAAAUCCCCAGUCCUGAGGUGGACGGAGAGAAGCUGUCGGUGGUGGGUUCUCCGUUCUGGAUGGCUCCCGAGGUCCUGCGAGACGAACCGUAUAACGAGAAGGCCGACGUCUUCUCCUACGGCAUCAUCUUGUGCGAGAUCAUCGCCAGGAUCCAGGCCGAUCCCGACUACCUGCCUCGCACCGAAAACUUCGGGUUGGAUUAUCACGCGUUCCAGCACAUGGUCGGAGACUGUCCUCCUGACUUCCUGCAGCUCGCCUUCAACUGCUGCAACAUGGACCCGAAACUCAGGCCUUCGUUCCCGGAUAUCGUGAAGAGGCUGGAGGACAUCCAGCGGCGUCUGAGAGUCGAAGAUGGUGACAGGGACAGGAUCCAUAUACCAGCAGAGAUGGAUAAAAAGAGCAUAGCUAAAGGUGACAAGUUCCAGGGUAUAAAGAGGCUGAACCCUCUGGUUCUACAGGACGAUAAAAUCCCGCCCAAAUCACCUCGUCCACGGCGCAACAUCUGGCUGUCACGCAGCCAGUCGGACGUCUUUUCCCGCAAACAUGGCCGCAAGGUCAACGUCCAGGACCCUUACUACAACCCCGGACCACGAGGAGCCGCCAAGGUCAACCCUUUCAGCGCUCGCGAGGACCUCAAGGGCGGUAAGAUCAAGUUCUUUGACAUGCCCAGCAAGUCGGUGUUCUCGCUCAUGUUCGACUUGCACUCGCCGCGAGGCAGCAUGAGCACGUACCAGCCUCAGACAAACGCCUGUCCCGAACUGUGGCAGCUCCCAGGACGACAGUGCCACUCUCUGCCCGUGUCUCCACAGCAGGAGCUCUCCGAGGCCUUCGGCGCGUCGAGAAGCGAGGGCGGAGACGCCAGGCCUAAAGCGCUGAGCGGCUGGGCGAAGAAAUACGCCGUGCCCGAGAUCCCGCCGUACAGACCUAGAGAGGCCACGAGAGCGAGGCCGGAGUCGGACGAGAGCGAGGAAGCCAUGGACUGCUCGAGUAGCAGAGGCAGCUUCUUCGACGACGACGACAAGGAGCGAAACCGGCUGCCCAACGGAAACGGCGAGGACAUGGAAGCCGAGGACGAAGAGAACGCGUCCGGACCGUUCUCCCUGACCAGCAGGAACCCGCUUCCUCCGAGCGCUCCGGCCGAGCCACAGGAACCGCGCUCCGUCGUCCUCGCGCCCUGCCGUGCCUCCGCGUCGCCCGACCUCCUGUCCCGAUGUGACAUCUGAGACGACGCCCAUCGUCUUAUCGUACUAUUUAACACUUAAAAGAUGUUUCUGGGGGGUUU